GGGUUCGGUCAUCCUGUAAGUAAAACCAAGCUGCCACGGUGUCAAGAAAAAUCUGAAGUGGCGAGGCUUCGUAUAGCGCGAGCCAGCCAGCCUGCUACAGCUGCUGAGACCGGCUCUGACAGGAAACAAAGCAAGGCAUCAGAUGAAACAUAGCGUGUGAUGAGAACACUAUCAUGAUGGAACAGCAAACUGGAAGAAGAUCUACGAAAACUUAUCAGCAGUCGAAGAAAUAUAUACAAGAGCGUGACGUGAGACCAGCACGUUAGCUGAUAUUACUUAAGAGUGAGGAGAGAGAAACGACACAUCAGGAGGAGCUCUCUGCCAACUAUUUUGCCCUGUUUCGUGGGAGCUGAGCUGAACAUCAAAGAUAGUGAAAGAAAAAGUGAAAAUAGAUACUUUGGUCUGUCAGGCUGGACUCAGAGAAGUCGUCGUCGGUUCCUCUCACCUGCACAAAACUACCACUCUCAUGGAUACUGCGCAAUACUCGACCAUUGAUUCUGGUAAAGUUGUGUCCACGGCUCCAGAACCUAACGAGACAGAAGAAAACUCUGAUUCAAUGUGGGAUGUUGACGCUGAAGUGAUAAUCAUUUGGGUCACCGGAGUGAUUGUAUUGAUCACUCUUUUAACAAUGCUUAUCUGUUUCUUGGCUACUCGUAGAAAACAAGAACGUACAGAAGAUUCGCCAAUUCGAACCAGUUCGUUUAAUUUCUACAGAUCUCGCAAUGAAGAGGCAGUAAACCCAGGAAGGAGUGGAAUAGGGAUCAGUUGUGCCACUGGCGAUGGCGUCGGCGGCGUUGGAGGUGAAAAUCCAGCUUACACAAGGAACAGCGAUGAACUAAACGGCCUGUUUAAUAUAUAUCAUCCUCGAAUGGUCAAUUCGUUGCCCCAUAUGCAUAGUCCAGUCUCGAACCAGGGUGGACAGCAAUGGAAUUCUUCGUCACAGACACAAGCUGCUAAUCUGCCAGAUGCUGACGGAGGCUUUCAGCAAAUAUCUCUUCCACCGAGCCACAUAACAGAAGCCAGUCCAAGUUAUUACCCCGGUCCGCCACCACCAUCUCCACCACCUCUUCUCUUGACACGGAGCAAUGCAAACGUCUCGUCACGUGACUACAUGCGCAAUGAAGACUACGUGCUUGACCCUUACUUUCUAGCUUCAGCUCCUCCACCUUAUACACGUUAUGCUGAAGACUACCACCCAACUAGCCCAGCAGAUGCAUCCUGCUCUUUACCAGUUAGAAAUGAACGGUCAUACAGAGUGGCGUAUGAUUACUUCUGAGCUGGAGCAACCACUGACACCAGCCUUUCAUUUAAACGACUGUCUUAAAUCCCAAGUGCCUUCAUAUCUCUCAUUCAGCGGUUAAAACAUCGUGUUCAACUAUAUCCAUGCGAAAUCACAUACAAAGACAACCUGUCUGAAAAAUACUAGACAAUGGACGACACUUCAUCGAGCUAUGGUACCCUCUCUAUUGAUGCAUUUUAGGUAGAAAUAACGAGUGAAAAAUCAGCGAUGAACUAUCUGUAACUUUUUUACUUUUCUGUAUAUUUGUUUGCUUUUCUCCGAAAGAAUUUAUAACAAUUCCA